GCUGCCGGGCCGAUUGCUCCCGCCGGGCCGAGGGUGAAAAGGCGGCGAAGGCCGGACCGCACCAGCCGGACUCCAGCCGAGACGCUCGGAUGAUUUCGGCGGGGCAGCAGCUCAUGAAGGUCUUUGUGACUCGGAGGAUCCCCCCGGCGGGGCAGGCGGUCUUGGCUCAGGCCGGCGUUUGCAACAUCCAACAGUGGGAUUCAGAGGAACCAAUCCCACAGGCAGAAUUGCUAGCCGGGGUAGCUGGCAAAGAUGGCCUCCUAUGUCUCCUGUCUGACCGGAUAGACAAGGAAGUCUUAGAUGCAGCAGGGCCAAGCCUCAAAGUAAUUAGUACAUUGUCAGUGGGAUAUGACCAUCUAGCUAUUGAUGAAAUUAAAAAACGUGGUAUCCGUGUGGGGUACACGCCAGACAUCCUGACCGAUGCCACUGCUGAGCUGACAGUAGCUUUACUCCUAGCCACAUCUCGCAGGCUGCCCGAAUCAGUGGUGGAAGUGAAGAACGGAGGCUGGACAACAUGGAAGCCUCUUUGGAUGUGCGGCUACGGACUUUCAGGCAGCACAGUUGGGAUUAUAGGGCUCGGAAGAAUAGGGCAGGCCGUAGCAUAUCGCCUGAAACCUUUUGGAAUCAAGAAGUUUUUGUAUACAGGUCGUCACCCCAAACCUGAAGCUGCUGUGGAAUUAAAAGCAGAGUUUGUAUCCCUUGAUAAGCUAGCAGAGGAGUCGGACUUUGUCAUUGUAACUUGUUCUUUGGUGCCUGAAACCCAAGGGAUGUGCAAUCGGGACUUCUUUCAUAAGAUGAAGAAAACAUCAGUAUUCAUCAAUACAAGCAGGGGGACAGUAGUCAAUCAGGAUGAUCUUUAUGAAGCUUUAGUGAAUGGGCAAAUUGCUGCAGCUGGUUUGGAUGUCACAACCCCAGAACCUCUGCCGACAGACCAUCCGCUUCUUUCUCUCAAAAAUUGUGUAAUCUUGCCUCAUAUUGGAAGUGCCACUUACUCAACAAGGAAUACAAUGUCAGUGUUGGCUGCUAACAAUCUUUUGGCUGGUUUGAAAGGAGAAAAUAUGCCAAGUGAACUUAGACUAUGAGAAGCUAGUCUAUUCAAGCUAGUAUAAAUUGUUUUUAAACAUGGUGGAUUUAACUUUUUGUCCCCAGUCAAUUCUGAUUGAGCUUGUUGCCUUUCAAAUAAAAUAGAACACAUAAUAAAUCAUG